GGAGGGCGGUGAGGAUGGAGGCGGGGCUGGCGGGCGCGGUGCGGGGACGGUUCCGGCAUCGCGAAGGCGCCGGCCAUGGAUCCCACAGCGCUGGAGCUGGAUGCCGUGAAAUUCGCGCAGCUGGCGGUGCAGCGGGACCAAAGCGGGCGCUACCAGGAAGCGGCUUUCUACUACAAGGAAGCUGCACAAGCCUUGAUUUAUGCUGGGAUGGCAGGCUCUAACUUGGAAAAUAUUCAAGAAAAAAUAAAUGAGUACUUGGAGAGGGUUCAAGCUCUCCAUUCAGCAGUUCAGUUGCAGAACACAGAUCCUCUGAAGUCAAAACAACAAUUGGACUUGGAGCGUGCUCGCUUCCUAGUUACCCAGGCUUUUGAUGAAGAUGAUAAAGGCAAUGCAGAAGAAGCUAUAGAGCUGUACACAGAAGCGGUGGAACUCUGUUUGAAAACAGCUACUGAAACUUCAGAAGCAGGCCUCCAGUCUAAACUGAAACAGCUGGCUCGACAAGCACUGGAUAGAGCAGAAGCACUGAAGGAAUUUAUGUCAAAGUCAUCUCAGAAGGAAAAGUCAACUGCAGCUAAACCAAAUCAGCCAGUCAGAACAUUCUUCCCACUGGGACCCGAUUUUUCUUUAAAUGAUAAGCCACAGACAAUCAGAGCAGUACAAGCCAGUGAACCUCAAGGUCAGAGAUACACUGCUGAGGAGAUUGAAGUGCUCAGGAAGACUUCAAAAAUUAAUGGCAUUGAAUAUGUACCUUUCAUGAGUGUUGAUCUGAGGGAACGUUUUGCCUUCCCUAUGCCAUUUUCUGAUAAAUGUGGGAAGUUACCAUUAUCCCCCAAACAGAAAGCAAUGUUUGCCAAGUGGGUGCGACCAGAUGACAUAACAAAUAACCCUACGAUGAUUUAUACUGUAUCAAGUUUCAGCAUCAAACAGACAAUAGUGUCAGAUUGUUCUUUUGUGGCAUCAUUAGCUAUCAGUGCAGCAUAUGAAAGAAGAUAUAACAAAAAAUUGAUCACAAGCAUAAUUUACCCUCAGAAUAAGAAAGGAGAACCAGAGUAUAAUCCAUGUGGCAAAUACAUGGUGAAGCUUCACAUCAAUGGUGUACCUAGAAAGGUAAUCAUAGAUGACCAGUUACCUAUUGAUCAUAGUGGUGAACUUCUCUGCUCUUAUUCUAACAACAAGAAUGAAUUAUGGGUAUCACUAAUAGAAAAGGCUUACAUGAAGGUCAUGGGAGGAUAUGAUUUUCCUGGAUCAAAUUCUAAUAUUGAUCUACAUGCACUGACGGGUUGGAUACCUGAAAGAAUUGCCAUGCACUCUGACAAUCAAGCUUUCAAUAAAGAUAGUACUUUCAGGAUGCUUUAUCAGAGAUUUCACAAGGGAGAUGUCCUUAUCACAACAGCAACAGGGGUGAUGUCUGAAGAGGAAGGAGAAAAAUGGGGUUUAGUUCCAACCCAUGCAUAUGCAGUCUUGGACAUAAGAGAAUAUAAGGGGCUUCGAUUUCUUCAGUUGAAAAAUCCCUGGAGCCACUUACGUUGGAAGGGGCGAUACAGUGAAAAUGACACAAGAAACUGGACACCAGAUUUACAAAAGUACUUGAACUUUGAUCCCAGAACAGCUCAGAAAAUAGACAAUGGCAUUUUCUGGAUUGCCUGGGAGGACCUGUGCCAGUACUAUGAUGUUAUUUAUUUGAGUUGGAACCCAAGUCUCUUCAAAGAAUCUACGUGUAUUCACAGUACGUGGGAUGCAAAGCAAGGUCCGGUGAAGGAUGCCUACAGCCUGGCUAACAAUCCUCAGUACAAGCUAGAGGUCCAGUGUCCACAAGGUGGUGCUGCUGUUUGGGUUCUGCUCAGCAGGCACAUCACUGAUAAGGAUGACUUUGCACACAAUCGGGAAUUCAUUACAAUGGUUGUGUACAAGACAGAUGGCAAAAAAGUUUACUAUCCAGCUGAUCCUCCUCCAUAUAUUGAUGGUAUCCGGAUCAACAGUCCACAUUAUCUCACCAAGAUAAAACUGACCUCUGCAGGGUCCCAUACGUUUACCUUAGUGGUGUCCCAGUAUGAGAAGCAAAACACUAUCCAUUACACCAUUAGGGUGUAUUCCUUGUGCAAGUUCACCUUAUCCAAGAUUCCUACACCUUACAACAUAUCCAAACGGGUUAAUGGACAGUGGAAAGGUCACAGUGCUGGAGGAUGUGGGAAUUUCAGAGACACCUACAAAAAUAACCCCAUUUAUCAAUUCCAGCUGGACAAGAAUGGGCCGUUACUAAUUGAACUACGGGGACCAAGGCAAUACAGUGUUGGUUUUGAACUCAUCACAGUCUCGACAGUAGGAGAUCCUGGUUCCUCUGGCUUUCAGAAAAAGAGCAGUGGUGAUUACAGGUGUGGAUUUUGCUACUUGGAAGUAGAGAACUUAUUUGCUGGAGUUUACAACAUUAUCCCCACCACGUUCCUGCCUCAACAAGAGGGUCCUUUUUUCUUAGAUUUUAACAGUACUGCUCCUCUUAAGGUAUCACAGCUGCAGUGAGGAAACAGAUCUGUACAUUGACAUUUAAGGAGGUCGAUUUGGUCUGUCACACAGUCUGAGAACAGGUGAAUAACUCUUACUGCACAUAUGCAUAAAAGAAGACUUUAUUCUGAACUAUAGCUAAAAGCAUGGAAUCCCCAAUUGGCCAGUUAACGGUAGUAGACAGGCUUUUGCUGCUAUGGUAUUAGAGUGAGCACUGCUCAACAGGCUUGUGAAUGGGUUACAAUAUUUAUAUGCAAAUGAACUGGCAGAACUCAAUUUAUUGCAGGUUUUCUAUACUUCAAAGUCUAGCGACUUAAGAGAAAAAUAUUGAAAUUCGCUUCUCCCAAAACACAGAGUAUAUGGGUUUAGGUUUCGUUGUUUGGGGUUUUUUUUGUUUUUUUUUUUUUCCUUAACAGUAAACACGUAAAAGAAUAUUCUUGUGUAUUCUUUUUAUUCAGUCUCAGGACCAAAUAGCUCUUAGUACAUAUUUGUGCUGCUGUCUUGAAUGUUUUCUGCAUUGAACUAGUUCUCACCUCUAAAGGUUUAAAUUUACUACUGCUGAGCAUGUAGUACUCCAGACAAACAUGCUCAGCUUAUCUAAAAUAUGUAUAUAGGAGUAAAGGAAAAGAAAUAUUCCUGCUUUAGCUAUUUCUAAAAGAGAACAAUGGUUUCACUCAUGUUACAUGUACUUGAGAGCUGUUAUUUCAUAUCUGUGUUACUUCAGUACAUAAUAUCACAGCACAAGGUACUCUAUGGCUUUCUUCCUACAAGCUGCAAGACUUUGCUUGAUCCAGAUCAACAGUAAAAUCAGGAGGUUAGGCAGCAGCAGUGUCCAGACAGCACGGUGUGCCCUUCAUCUAGCAGGUGUGAAAGCUUUUCAUCUAGAGGUGCGCUCUAAGAUUCUCUGUAUCUGCUGAGAUGAUCUCAUUUGCUGGUGUGAGGAGGUAGGAAACUACCCACCAGCAGCAUCCCACCUAAGAAAUAUCUUAUCCUUGACACUUUGAUAAGUAAGUACUCAGCUUGUAGGGGGAGGAUCGCUUAAACCUCUCCCUCCUAUAAACCACAGCAGCAAGAAAUGCACUUGCUGAUCCUAUUGCACAGAACAUCUUUUAAAAGGUACCUUUUUCUUUGAAGUUGAAACCAAUGAAUGAAUUGAACCGGUGCCAUCAAUGGGAGUAGGGUUAAAGUUCUUAAAACACUGGAAGUAGGAUUAGUCCAGAAUAAAUUUUUUUAGAAGCCUACUAUCUUUGUACUCCCUCCAGAUGUGUGUACAUUGUACCUGAAGAGGAUUAGAGAUAACCAAGUGUUUAUUUCUAAUUUAAAUACUACCCCACCUCAUUAAUCCUAAAAUGCAUUAUUGCUUUGGAGGUUUUUUUGUCUUUUUACAAGUGGCAUUUGACAGCUGGGGGAGAGUGUUUUUAAAACAGCCAUAGGAAAUUCAUUUCCAUUCAGGUUGGUUUGGCCAUUUCCCAAGAAAAAAGGUAGCAUUUAAAUCUUAUUUUAGAGGACAGGUGCCAUUUAGUCAUUGGGAAACUGAGCCCCCGUGCCACAGGAGUACCAGAGAUACCUGUGGGCUAAAAUUAUUCCCAUUGAAGUCUGCUAUUCACCCUCUCCAGAAAGUACAGGAGCCUUUUCUUUCAUUUCUUUCAUCAGACAGCAGCUUAACAAAUGUCUAGCUUUAAAAGGGCACUGAAAACAGACGCCUUUGGAAGCAGACGCCUUUCUGACUGUCUCUCCAAGACCAUCUGGGCUAGGAAAUUUGUGACACGUUUGUCACUGUGACUUACCUUCUUUUACAGGGAAGUUUAUGAUGAUUAGUGCAACAAAUCAACAGAGGGAACAGCACAGGCACAAGCUGAGCAAAAAACAGAUUACGUUCUUUGUAGUUAUCCCUGGAUUUUGGAGUCUGUGUCAAGGACUGCUUUAUCCCUAAAAAAAUUAAAAUUUCAAACUCCUUGCACUAUACCUACUGAUUUUUGUUAAGUUUUAGCUCAGGCUAAACCAGAGUGGCAUUUGAGUCCUGCAUAGAUUUUUACCACUUAGGAAGGCACAAUUAUUAGUUAGGCAGUCUCCACUGGGUAUAUUUUUCACAGUACAAAAGGCAGAUGCCAAAGCUGCCAGCUUUCAGGACGAGAUUCUUCCACAUCCUCUGCUGUUUGAAAUCAAGCUGGCAGACUUGCCUAUGGUAAAAUCUGUUGUUCUUCUGUAGCUGGUUUCUGCCCUGCAGGAAGGGGGGGUUUCUUUCUUCCCCCUGCCUCUGAGCACAAACUAGUCCCAAAUGUUAUGCUGGAUGAAACAAGCUUAAGGCUCAGCUUCCCUACUGUGCUAAGCUAACAGCAAAGAAUGUACUCACUUUCUCAAUGCCAGACAAAGGCAUUAAGGACAAAGGAUCCUGUCCCCACCCUGAUACACUGUCAGUGUACUUCUAACACAUACAGUACAAUUGGUGCAUUGGACUUAAACCCUGUGCAUUCAUGGAGAUAAGCUUCAUAUCAGUGUGCUUUGUAACACAAGUCCUAUUCAAAAAUUGUGCUCACGU